CCUCCAAAAUGCAACCCUAUUCCCUCCACUUCUCAAAUCCCUAGCGGCCCCCGCCACUCACUCUCUCUCUCUCUCUCUCUCUCUCUCUCUUCAAUUUGGCCACUCUCAAAGUUUCUCUCCGUACGCAGGUGCGGACGGGGCGUUAUUUUCUACGUCAGAUUUCGAUGAAGCUAAAAGAUCGCUUCUUUGCUAGGGUUUGAGCCCGCACUUGAAUUCGAUCCCAUAUGAGUAUAAUACAAUGGGUUCACUUGGAGAUCGCGAUGACGAAAUUCAACCAGGUAAACGAAAUUCAAUUCUUGAUCGAUGCGAUAACAAUGAGACUCAGCCUUUUGACAGCCAGUCUUCUCCGCCUUCACCGACUGGUGAGGAAAAUGAAGGUGAGGAUUUAGAUGAGUUGGAUUUUCUGCAAAGUACAUUGCCAUUUGUGGAUACCGCUCCACUUGAAGAUGCAUUUGAGACCCAAGUCUUGAAUUUUGCUGGUGAAACACAAGUAUUGGAUGAUCCUGAGGUUGUUGAGAAGGGCACCCAAUUGUUAGAUGAGUCUGAUAAUGAAGUUGUUGUUGAUACUGAUGACGAAGGAGUAUAUAUAACACAAGUUCUGGGUGAUACUGAGGAGUUAUUCAAUGAUGAUUUCCCACUGGACGAGGAGAAUAAGCUUAUUUCCACUCCUGGAAAACAAGAUAAUCAGGGGUUGAGAGCCGAAACAGACGAUUUAACUGAUAUACAGAACAUUUCAGGAUCUGUGCGGGCGGAUUUCACUUCAGUUCGUACUGCAGCUUUACGGGCAUCUGGUUUAGCAGCUCGUAGAAGGGCCUCUAAAGGAACCAACAAUGAGUCGUGUACCACUAAAGUCAAUGAUGUAUGUAAAGAACUACAUAUUGCUGAGGAUAAUGGGAUUACUACUGUUAGAGAUUCAUCAACAAUCAGAGAGGAAGUUUAUGAGGUGGAUUUUCCAGGAGUGAAUGAACAGAUCAAUGGAUUAAGGGAUAAAAGCAAUUGUAGGGCUGGUAGUUCAACCGUCAGGAGACUUUUUACGGAAGAUGUUACGGAGUCUAAAGAACCUUACGACUCCUUAAACAAUGCUGAUGGGAAUGAGAUAGCGGGGUUAAGCUACGUUGACUCUCAAGAGCCUGGAGAGUUAUCGCAAGCCAAUGCACUGGAAUUUGUGGAAAGAUUUAUUAAGUUCGAUGUCAUGGAAUUUGGUCAAGAAGAUGAACUUCGAAGGUCCACAGGGGGAAAAUCAAAGCUCGUCUCAAGCGCAAAAGGGACUCAAAGUUUCGUCAAACGAACUAAUCUUGAAUUUACAGCUAGAAAAAGAGGAGUUUUUGAUUGGGAUGACAGCCGUGAAGAUGAACGAGGGGGAGAGUUUUUUACAAAAAAGAAGGAAUCAUUCUUUGACACUGGAGGUCAGAGGAAGAUAUCUUCUCCCAGAAAGAGUUCAGUUAUUCCCAAUUUUGGCUUACGGUUACAUAGUUCAAAAAGCUAUAACACAGAAAAGGUCAUGGAAAAAAAAUCUAAAAAGAAGCUUACUAAGAAGGUGGAUGAGCAGUUAAAUAUUGGUUCUUCAGAUGGAACAGAAGCUACUCAAGCAGACAAGGAUGUGCCAGAAAUGCUGAAUAUUGGGGUUGAUACUCAAAUAGCUGCUGAAGCUAUGGAAGUUCUAUGCUUUGGUUUGGAUGUGGCGAAGUGUGAUAGCAAUGAAACUGACCAAGGUGCCAAAAAUAGAUGUGAGGGUUCUGACAGAGGAGAAAAAACGAAGAGAUCACAGUCUAAAGAAGGAGGUGUAUGGAAGGCAUCAAGUUCACCUAGUCCUGGAGAUAUUUGCAGGAACUCCAAGAAAAGAAAGAGUAUUAGUUCCACAUCGAGGAAAAAGUCUGCUGUUUCAUCACGGAAACAAGCUGAGAACAUCACAGAAGAAUGUGAAACUGAGGUAGUGAAGGAAGCACUGAAGAAGUCCAAGUCAAAUGGAGAAGGAUGCUUUGGCACCAAUCAGAUUAAAAACACAGACAAAGUAUCUUCUGAGGCUUUGGAGCAAAUAGAAGAAGAAAGAGCUCAGAAAAGAAAAGAUACUGACGAGGUUGAUACAUGUCAUGUCAUUGCAUCAUCAAAUGGGUGUGUGUCAGUCAAGAAAAGGCGUUUAGAAGAUAAAAUUGGUACUUUUACACCCGUAGCUCGUCGAACUAGACAGUGCAGGGUACCAAAUCAGUUAAAAGCUGGAGAGCUUAAAAAUGUCAACUUGAUUGAGCAGGAGAAAUCACAUGAAAAGUUCAAUGAUAUGACUGCUGCUUUCACAAAGGGAGCAUUGGGCUAUAACAGAGGAAAAAGAACUAGUCGAAAGUUGUCAACUAAGUCAAUUGGAAGUGGUGACCUACAUGCAUCAGUCAGUCAAUCUGUUGUGCAGGGAACUAAUGGACAAUCACUUGGAAGAUUGACAAGAAGAUCAAUCAAUGCAUCGAGCACUUGCGUGGAUCUAGCCAAUAAAAGGCGAGCUUCCUCAGACAGGCAGUCUGAUGGAAGCUUGUUUCAGCACAGUAUAGUUAAAAGAUGUUCCAGAAAUGCUGCUCUUAAAUGUAGUUCCGUUGACCAGAUUGUAAUUCCUAACAAUGCUGAAGCAAGUACCCAUUUAGAAGUUUCACCAGAAGACAGACGUAAACCGUCCGGUUCAGCAUCUACUACGCCUUUGAAUUGUACCACACCUAUAAAUGCUGCAUCUCCUAUUUGCAUGGGCGAUGAGUAUUUCAAACAGUCAUGCAGGAAGAAUUUGUCAAAAUCAUUCCUUGCAAAAGAAGUCGAUAGGUUAAUGUCCGACGGACCAGAACCUACUCCUACAAUGAAAGAUUCGAGGAGGAGGAGAGAUAUGGCCAGUGUCCGCGCCUUGUUCAGUCACCACUUGGAUGAGGAUAUAAUCAAGCAACAGAAGAAGAUUUUGGCCCGGCUAGGAGCUUCAGUAGCAUCUUCUAUUUCAGAAGGAACACACUAUGUAACCGAUAAAUUUGUGCGGACGAGGAAUAUGUUACAAGCUAUUGCUUUUGGAAAACCAGUGGUGACCCACUUAUGGCUUGAGAGCUGCGGACAAGCUAGCUGUUUCAUCGAUGAGAGGAAUUACAUAGUGAGAGAUGCCAAAAAGGAAAAGGAAUUUGGAUUUAGCCUGCCUGUUUCACUGGCACGUGCAUGCCAACGUCCUCUUUUACAGGGGCAAAAAGUUCUGAUUACUCCAAAUACAAAGCCUGGUAAAGAAAUAUUGGCAAACUUGGUUAGAGCAGUUCACGGCCUGGCGGUGGAGAGAGUUGGCAGAUUAGCAUUAAAGGGUGAUAAUAUUCCGGAUAACCUGUUGGUUUUAUCUUGCGAGGAAGAUUAUGCUACCUGCGUGCCUUUCCUUGAGAGAGGAGCAGCAGUUUACAGUUCAGAGCUGCUACUGAAUGGAAUAGUUACUCAAAAGCUGGAAUUCGAAAGACAUCGUCUCUUUGCAGAUCGUGUGAAGAGAACCCGGUCUACGAUAUGGUUGAAACAAGACAAGAAUCAGUAUCUUCCUGUGUCUAAACGCAAAUAAGACCCUUUUCCCCCCUUUCUGUUUGUUCUAUCUUAUCAUCCGUGUAUUAUUUCUCCAGUUGGGGUGGGCGUUCCCAUUUGUAAAUACGCAGCUUGACGUGAUGGAUGGCUGGUUUUUUUUCCCCCCCUUUCUCUUCUCUUUCUUGGGGUUGGGGGUAGAGUUAGAUGCUUCGUAGUCCCAUCUUGUAAAGAAGUCACAUAAUGUACAUUCUUCAUAUUUAUUACCAAUUCUUUUUCUCCUUUUCCAGUUUCUUGGAAUUUGGAUACUUUUUAACUGCUCGGGCACGUCAUAUUGCGAUAAUAGUGGAGUUGAUUACGAGUCA